CUUCAUCAUUACUAUUCCUUUUGUCUCAUAUUUCUGGCUACGGUGUCUAUUCUGCAUUUCUUCUGCUCUCUUCUCUUGCUAUGUGUGCUACAUGGAGUGUGGUGACUUGAACUUCUGUACAUCGGUGCAAAGUUCUAUGUUGAAAACAGCCAAACAGAUCCACAUCUGUCCACUAAGUCCUAAUAUUAGUUCAUGUCAGAAGUUUUGUUGACUGAGAUGAUUGUAAAUUUUUCUUUUUCUAUAGGUUAAUGCAUAUUAAUUAAGAUAAUGGCUCUGGAUCUUUCAAGUGUAAACGAUACUUCUUUCGGAGAUCCUUACUCAAAUACAAUGUAUAAUAGUGUCUUUUUAUCCUCGGAUGUGAUUUCCUUCCCUGGGACAAACGAUAUUCUAUUCUAUAUAUCUGAAGUAGGUCAUCUUAUCUUAGCAAACUUUUUUGUUGAAAAUUCUAAUGGAAGUUAUAUUCUCAAGAAACUUCCAUCUGUCAAAUUUCCACAAACUACUUCAGGCGUACCGAUUAAUGUGUACUCGGAUAAAGGUUAUUCGAAUCAAGAAGACUGUUUGUUUUCAACUUCAACGAAUGGUUGUUCUAGUCUAUUCGACUUGAGUACACCGACUAAAUUCGGAUGUGUUGAUCUGGAUGCACAGCUUUCAUCGUCUGCUGCAGAUCGUACAAAUGUUUGCCAUAGUCAAACUGGUGUACAAUGGACUACACCUAAUUCAUCAUCGACAACGACGACGACAACAACAACGUUAUUGAUCAACUCAGAUGUGGAACAGGCUGUUGCUGCUACUACACCUCGUCGACAAUGUGAAAAUGACUCAAAAAGCUUGCAUAGAAAUGAAGUCGACAAUGAGUCACCAUCUACUACAAGGUCGAAAUUCUUAGGACAAAUAGUUUCUGAACUGUUAGAGAAAUCAAAAACUAGGAUAAAUUCAUCUGAGAGUGACGAGAUUAUUAUUCAUGGGCAUAAUUUAUCCGAACUGGAACGUUUUGUUAAUCACUUUCGACAGUUUCGAUUGCGCCUGGGAUUAUCACAAGUACAAUUGAGUUCACAACUAGCAAAGCAUUAUAACAAUAAAGCAAUAUUUAGUCAAACACUUUUAUCUAGAUUUGAAAAACUCAGUAUUACCGUUAGAUCUGCCUACCGAUUAUUACCUUAUUUAAAACGUUGGAUUGCUCAUGCUGAACAAAAACAAUGCAGUAAAAUUGUCACAGAGAAAUUACCAGUCUUCCAUUGUUCUAUUCCUGUACGCGCUGUAGGCAAUGCUCGAGUUAAAAUGUUAGCUCGUCUAGGCCAAAGUCAUAGCAGUGAUAAUAAUGAUAAUAAUGCUGAAAAUCCAACUGUUUUGGCUCUUGUGACAAAACAAGUUAAGAAUAACAAUGAUGAUGGUGAUAAUCAUGAUGUAAGUAGUACUCCUUCAGUUUCAGAGAAUCUCAGUCCUGAUGUCUCUGAAUCAGCGUGUAAAUUAACAGAUCCACAGCAAAAACGAAGACGUCGUCGACGGACGUAUUUUUCCACUGAAGCUCUAUCAAUACUGACAGAGUUUUAUGCAAAGAACUCUAGACCGAAAGGAGCUGAUUUUGGUGCAUUGGCAACUCGCAUAGGAUGUGAUAGAGAAUCUGUUCGUGUAUGGUUUUGCAAUAGACGUCAAUUCGAUCAACAGUGUUCUAAGAAAGGAUAAUUCCACUAAUACACACCUCUGGUGGCACAUAUACAAAAAUUACCAGUAAUGUAGUGAAACUGUGUAGAAGACAAAGACUUGGUAAAGAAGAAAUGUUAAUUUGGAAAUUGGUAUCUCCUGUAUAGCCAGCCAAAUUAUAUGUCAUACCCCGUAUCUUCAACACACCAUUUGCACAGAUCUUCGAGUUGUGGUACUUCUGGACUUCAUGUUGUGUGUGUUUCUUUCACUUUCUCCCAUGUAUCUCUACAACGCUGUAUCAUCUGACUUCUUGUAAACCUCCCUGUUAUUUUGUGUUAUUAUUCCGAUGAACAUCUGCUUGUAUGCUACUGAUAUCAUUUAUCAGUAGUACUCACCGCAGUAUGUUAUUGAUUUUCUUUUUGUAUGUCUUACUCUUCAAUCUUAUUCUAUUUCACUUGGAGAAAUAUAUGCGCUGGCGUCAUUACUUCUUUUAUCCGCUCCCUUUUAUUUUCUCUAUUUCCUUCAGAUGCGAUGAAAUGGACUCAAAGCAAAUGUUUGUCAUGAUGUAUAUAAUGAAAUUUAGUUGCAAGUGCCUUUUGUCUUUCUAUUUUCAAUAUGUAAUAAAAUUUUUACCUGAAAUAGUUUGGAUUAUUAGGUCUCGAGUGCUGAAGAGUCCCAAACUAGGACGAAACAACUAUCCAGUACUUCCAAGUUUUCCAGUGGUUCUCCAACUUAUUUUAUUCCAAACAAUCAUAACAGUUGAGAAUGAAGUUAUCAGCGUUUUUAUACAUAUUGCAACAAUUUAGCUGCC